AUGGUGAAUCCAUCUUUACUCCUCUGCUCAGACGAUGGGAUCUCUCUUUGCCAACCUUGUUAUUCAAGCCAUUACAAUUGCACCACUCACGGCCACCGCAUUCAAAUCGUGAAUCGCUUUCCUCUACACUACAAUCAAAACAACAACACUUACCAGCAUCACGGUCUUGCUCAUGUGCCUCAUGUGGUUCAACAUCACGGUAAUAACAACAAUCAGCAGCAGAGAAGAGCAGGGAUGUUUGAGAUGAGCUGCAACGGGGAUAAUAACAACUGUGAGAGAUGGAUGUUUGCAAUGAGAUGUGAAUCAUGCUUAGCUUCAGACGCUGUUGUUUACUGUCGUGGCCACGACAAGCUUAUGUGCCAUAACUGCGACCAGAUGCUUCACCUUCAAGAGGCUGUGCCGCCACAUUUGAGGUGUAAGCUUUGCGGAAACUGCAAGAGACCUUCUAAUAGUUUUCUCAUUGGAGCAGACGGCCAUCAUUUCACAUAUCCACCGGCACCGAUUGUUCUUCCGCCACCGGCACCGAUUCAUCCUCCGCCGGCUGAGGUGGUUUCAGCGGCGCUGUCCACAGGACUCAGUCUACAUAAUUAUGAUAGUGAUCUUUUUGAUGAUGACUUUUCUUGGUUUGGUAUGUAA